AUGUUUGUGCAGCCACUGUUGCUUCUCACUAUAAUGAACUCUUGGGUUGCUCAGAAUGCUCAAGGCUUGAUGUGCAGUGACAUGACAUUUCGAGAAGCAGAGCAGCAGCAUGGUGUUGAAAUAACUGGUCUUAAUACCAGCUGUAAUGUAGCACAGCUAGUUAGUUCAGGCCUGUUGGCCUUGAAGCAACCACAGACCCCAAGCAGCAGGAACAGGGGUGGAAGUGGUGGCAACACAGUGACAGCUGUAUUUCGAUUACUUGGUUUGGAGCCUUCACGUCUUCGAGCAGUCACUCUCAAUUCUCUUCUUUUUAUUGCACAGCUUAUCAGCAAUUUCUUCAUCCAACAAGGAGCACCCGAAAAUACUGGGAAGCAAGGAAAAAAACACCAAGAUUCUCUGGUGCCAUGGAUCCUGCAGAAUCCUACAGUUCAAAAGUUUGUGCCAUCUGUAAAGGAUCAGUCCCUGGCUGAUCGUGUUAUGGAUGCUGUAAAUGGUCACAUUUCACAGUACGCCAAUCUGACAUGCCCUCAGCUGCUUAUUUGUAGACUCAUGCCAUUCAUUCGUGGCAUGCAGAGGUCUGUGAUUCCCCUUCUAUCAGAAGCAGACUUUUACUCCAUGACAGGGAUAAAUAUUUUCUUCAGCAGUCUCCCUGAGGAAAAAGAAAUGGAAGACAUCGCAGAUAAAUGUGUUUUGCAGUACCCAGGAUGUGUGUAUUAAUAUUUAAUAGAUACUGGAAAGAAAACACAUUUUAUAAACUAAACUUGAUGGAGUAAUGACAAUAUUAUGAAAUGGAUAGAUUGCUACUCACCACAAUGGAGCUGUUGAGUCGCAGAUAGGCACAACAAGUGGUGAGUAGCAAUCUAUCCUUUUUGUAAUAUUGUCAUCAUUCCAUCCUGGAUUUGCAUUGUUUAAACUUGUUGGAGUGCAACAAAGCAGUCAUUAAAGUUACUGUUGUAUUAUGUUGAACAACUCAGUAAUUUACUAAGUCUUACAUAUUCCUAACAUACUGUUGCCUGGAACAGCAACCAACACAAUGAGAAAAAAAUAUAUGUUUUAUUCUAUAGUCACCGAGUUUUAUUUUUAAUUUGCCUACUAGGUACAC